CACAAACACAAACCUCACUCGAACAACGCACAACAAACUGACACACUUUCACUGUUUAUUCUCCUCACAACAUUUGCAUCGUGCAUCUCUUCUCCGCGUGCGUGCACACACUGCAUGCGGGUGCACGUGCGCGCGGGUGCAUGUGCGCGCAGGCGGAGGAUCGCUGAGCCCAGCCGUCGUGCAGCAGGAACGAGCCGCCAGGCGCGCAGGAGAAGCCGCGAAGUAGAACCCGAGCAUCCGCUACCUGGAGGAAGCAGAGGGAGCGCGUGCAGCUCAGAGUCCGAGAAGCCAGAGAUCCAAAAUGGGAGGCAAGCUCAGCAAAAAGAAGAAGGGGUUCAACGUCACUGAUGACAAGGCCAAAGACAAAGAUGCCACAGCCGAGGGGGCGUCUGCCGAGGAGAGCGAAGCUCCGAAAGAAAACAAGGAUGAGGCGCCGGCUGCCACCGACGCUAAGGAAGUAGCGAACGACACAGCGGCCAAGGAGGCGCCGGCAGCCGACACCGCGGCGGCCAAAGACGAAGAUAAGAACGCAGCUCCCGCCGCAAAGGAGCCCGAGAAACCUGCCGCCAACGCUGAGCCCAAAGCAGAGGCGCCGAAGAGCGCCGAGCCCGCCAAGGCCGAGGAGAAACCAGCCGCCCCCGCCCCGGCCAAAGAGUCGGCCCCCGCCCCCAAGGAGCCUGAGGCCAAGGCCGCGGCUCCAGCCCCGGCGGCCGAGAUCAAAGAUGAGGCCGACGCCAAAAAGACUGAGGCCCCCGCGGCACCAGCAGCCAAAGCCGAGACGGCCCCCGCGGCCACCCCCGACCCCAAGCCCACAGAGGCGCCGGCUCCCGCUCCGGCAAAGGAGGCGGCCGCUGCACCUAGUUCAACACCAGCCGCCGAGCCUCCGGCCAAGGAGGCGAACGCCACCGAGGCACCGAGCAAGGAUCAAACCGUAGCAGUUCAAGAUUAAUGGACAGCUUCUUUUCGGAAAUGAAAAAAUAAAGUUCAUAACUCAACGAUGAAGAACAAAAAAAAGUGAAGAAGAAAUUAACUAGCCCCGCCCCUUAUUCUGAUAACAACAAUAAUGAUAAUAAUUGUAAUGAUGACGAUUUGUUGAACGAGGAGGACGGGAGCAAACACCUGGAGAAGUUUCCACCGCUGCAGAUGAUUAUUGCUAUUAUUAUUGUUAUGUUUUAUUCUAUUUUUUUCUGCUGUAGUAUUUGAACUUUGAUACGAGUCUGUGUCGGCUUCACCAUUCCACCUCCAUCCCCCCCCCACCCACCC